GAUGUCAACAAUUGUAGCCGACGAAUAGAUGCAGCAUUCAAAAGUAUUACAUGAAAAGGGUUUAAUUCAACAUAAAAGUAUGCUGACACAAUCAUGUUUCAGUCAAGUAAGGUUUUGUGCAAAGUUAGACAACAUCAAGACAUUCUAUGGGGCACUAAAGGCAAUCAAUUUCAAUGAAGAUGCAAAUAUAAUAAUAUCAGAUGAUGGUUUCAAGGCGGUCGUUGAAGAAUCAAAAUUUGUUCAGGCAUCGUUGUAUGUAACGCGAUCAUGUUUUUCUGAAUUCCGUUUGUUGCGCAAUGAAGAAGUCUCGAUUCGAUUAAAUUUAUCGGUUUUUACCGAUUGUCUUAGUAUUUUCGCAAAUCCAGACUGCAGUAUGAAGAUCAUUUAUAAAGGCGAUGCAGCGCCACUGAUUUUGGUUCUAGAACAACAUGAUGGCGAUGAUUUAAUCACGGAAGUUUCAAUCAAAACGAAAAAUGGCGAAGAACAUUCAGACUAUAACAUCGAUGAGGAUGAUGAAAACUACAAUUCGUUAAUCGUACGUGGAGCCGACUUUGCGCAGCUUUUCAACGAUAUUCACAAGUCAGUUGAAGAAUUGGAAAUCACCAUUUCACCCAAAAUACCGUAUUUUUGUAUUGAAUCCCUUGGACUGAUGCAGGAUGAGUCGAAAAUCGAAAUUGCCAAAUCUAGUGAUAUGUUUGUAAGCUAUUAUUGCAGUCGGCAAUCACGUGCACGAUAUAAAAUGACUCACAUUCGUCUUGCGCUCAAAGCGUUUUCAAUAGCAAACAAGAUUUGCCUGCGAACAGAUCGUACCGGUUUACUUGGAUUACAGAUUAUGGUAUUAUCAGAUGGCGAUUCACAAAUCUACAUUGAAUAUUUUAUAGCGCCUUUAAUUGAAGAAUUUGAAUAAAUUUGAUAAGAUUGUUGAAAAAUGUUUAUGUUUAUUAGAAAU